UAAUUUUCUUUGGAAGUUACGAAAUUUUGUUCAAUCUCAUAGAAUUUUUCAAGCACUAUUUCCUAGAAAUACAAAAUGGGGAAAAAAUGAUUUUUCGACUUGAAGUAAAUUCGAGAACUGAACUUUAAAAAUAAUUGAAUCUUAAAUGAGGAAAAAUUAUGGUCUGUUGGAAGAUUCGAAUUGUUGAAUUCUCGGAAGUAAAAUAGAAAAAAAAAAAAUGUUUGUUUUGAGUUGAUAUGUGGAAGUGAUGACACUAAAAAUGACGUCAACUUGGUUUUGUGUGAUAUUUCUCAUCAGUUUCUUCUUCGCCAAGUCGUCGGGGAAUCGCGCCUAUGUGGCUCCGGAGGAUUGCGAGUGGACUGCGGCAGGGAGUUUGGAUUCGUCUUCGGUGGCUCUCACGUGCAUCGUACGGACAAUUAAUGGAGCGUUCGAUAGUACCAACUUCAGCCUCAUCCAGCCGCAGAACACGGUGAGCUUGAAAGUGAAAUGCGAAAACGUUCUGUUCGAAAGUGCUCUUGCCAACAACUCUUUCCACCACCUGCGGGAGUUGCGAUCGCUGCACAUUGAAUUCUGCAAGUUGAAGGAAAUUCCGACCAAAGCCUUUUGGGGGCUGACGGAGCUGUCGAAUUUGACUGUGAGGACCUACAACAGUGAAUGGGGCGAGAUUUUCUUGAAGGUCAUCCCGGGGAGUCUGUCUUCGCUCCAGAAACUCAACAGGCUGGAUUUGAGUCGUAACAACAUGCCUGCGCUAGCACCAUCGCUCUUGUGUUCGCUACCCAAUCUACAACACCUGAAUCUGAGUUAUAACGACUUCAGCGAAGUUGUGAAUCUUGGAUUCGCGGCUACGAAUCGUACACCUUGUCCCGUGCACGUUCAGCAUCUGGAUUUAACCAACAAUCGCCUGAAAGUUCUCAGUGAUCGUGGUUUCUCAGCUCUCAGGCACCUGAGGACUUUGUAUUUGCAAAACAAUCGGAUAUCUCGCGCAGAGGAUACAGCAUUAUUUGGAUUAGGUAAGCUGCAAAUUUUGGAUAUUUCUGAUAAUCAGUUGAUAGCUCUUCCUCCGGGUUUCUUUAAAAGUUCAGAGUUAUUGUCAGAGUUGUAUUUGCAAAAUAAUACCAUGAGUGUUCUGCCUCCUGGGCUGUUCUCUGGUCUGCAGAAGAUGCUAGUGCUUGAUCUCAGCCAUAAUGCUCUCACUAGCCAGUGGAUGAACAGUGAUACUUUUGCUGAUAUGACUAGGCUAGUUGUGUUAGAUCUCAGCUACAACAAAUUUUCCCAUCUGGAAUCGGCUACAUUUAGGUCACAAUACAGUCUGCAGAUACUUCAACUGCACCACAAUGAACUCAUUAGCAUUGCCGACAACGCGUUUUCCUCGCUUUACAAUCUCCAGACGUUAGUGCUCAGUCAUAACAACUUGACGUACAUAGACGCUUUGACAUUUAAUGGUCUACAGAUGUUAAAUGUGAUAUCUCUUGAUUUUAACAGCAUCCAAGCCAUACAUAGCGAAGCUCUCAAAAAUUGCACAAAUCUCUUCGAACUGAAUCUUAAUGUCAAUAAACUGAUAGAAGUGCCAAAGACUAUCAAAUUUUUACAGCAACUACGCAGCUUGGACAUUAGUAAUAACAGAAUUUCUGUGAUAAACAAUGCAUCCUAUCAAGGUUUAAGACAUUUAUACAGUCUAAGAUUAGCCGGAAAUUCCAUUGGAAAUCUUAGUAAAGGAGUUUUCUUAGAUCUUCCGUCUAUUAGGAUACUGAAUUUGGCCGAUAAUAAUGUGCAAGCAAUCGAACAGGGCACUUUUGAUGAAGUCCCCGAAUUACACGCGCUUAGACUCGAUUCUAAUAUAAUAUCUGAUAUAAACUCUUUAUUUAUUAACCUGCACGAUUUGUUAAUGUUGAAUAUUUCUGCCAAUCGUAUUUCGUGGUUCGAUUAUGCGUUGAUUCCAAUUGGUCUGCAGUGGUUAGACGUGCACGAUAAUCAAAUAGAGACUCUAGGAAAUUACUAUGACUUAGAAUCUGUUCUGAAACUACGCACUCUGGAUGCCUCUUAUAAUAAGAUAACAGAGAUCGAAGCUUCUUCAUUUCCGAACAGUAUAGAAAUAAUUUUUCUGAACAAUAAUUUCAUUAAAAAUAUUCAACCGUUUACUUUCCUUGGAAAGCAGAAUUUGACCAGAGUAGAAUUGAAAAAUAAUUUAUUAGAGACUUUGGAAAUGACUGCGUUUAGAUUGAGUGAAGUCCCCAACAGGAGACCUUUGCCGGAAUUUACUGUCUCGCAAAAUCCCUUUGUUUGUGACUGUAACAUGGAAUGGCUGCAACGUACUGCUACUUUGGACGAUUCCAGGCAGUAUCCGAGGAUGACAGAUAUCGAGGAGAUCAUGUGCAGUUUGACAUUCAACAGGCGCAGGGACAUAGUCCCUUUAAUUCGCGCUCAAAGUUCGCAGUUUCUGUGUAGUUACAAGAGUCAUUGUUUUGCGCUGUGUCACUGUUGUGAAUUUGACGCUUGUGACUGCAAGAUGGUUUGUCCGGAAAAUUGUACGUGUUACUACGAUCAGAGCUGGAAUACUAAUAUUGUUGACUGUGGUAGUAAACGUCUUGCAGCUGUUCCGAGAAAGAUUCCUAUGGAUGUGACCGAAUUAUAUCUCGACGGCAGUGAUAUUCCUACUCUUUCAAGUCAUACUUUCAUUGGUAGGAAAAACAUGAAAAUUUUGUACCUCAACAACAGCAACGUGCACACUAUUGACAACCGUACAUUCAAUGGUCUUAGAGAUCUUGUUGUUUUGAAUUUGGACAGAAAUCGACUUACUGCACUGCAUGGCUAUGAGUUUGAAAGAUUGUUGUAUCUGCAAGAGCUUUAUUUGUCCUACAAUAUGAUCACUUCCAUCAGCAAUGUGACUUUCGCCGCUCUUAAGUCGAUUGAAGUGCUGCAUUUGGACCAUAACUACAUUGUUCAUUUCCAAGUGUGGCUCCUGAAUCACAAUCCGAGAUUACAGGAGAUUCGACUCGCCCACAAUCCUUGGACUUGCGAGUGUUACUUUGUGGGCGAUUUGAAAGAGUUCCUGCACCUCAAGGGAGAUUACGUCCGGGACAUCUACGACCUGGAGUGUCACUUCAAUCACAGUAGCAGUCACAUGCUGCUGGACUUCAACACGACUUCGUGUGACAAUUUCACUGCCGCUGCUGCCAGGCGCGAGUUUGAUCUGACAGACAUUCUGCCAAUUUUGAUCAUUGCCGGUUCGGUGUUGGCUGGUUUGUUGUGCGCGAUCAUCUUGGUGGUCGUGUAUCGGCGUGAGAUGGGCGUGUGGUUCUACGCCAAGUACGGAAUCCGUCUGUUCCAGGGCGGGAACACUCGCCGCGGUCACAGUGUCGGCGACGAGGACAAACUCUUUGACGCGUUCGUCUCUUACAGCAAGAAAGACGAAGCGUUCGUCACGCAGAUCCUCGCCCCCGAGCUGGAAUGCGGCGUACCGGCGUACCGGCUGUGCCUUCACUACCGCGACCUGCCGGGCGGCGGGUACAUGUCUGACGUCAUCGUGGAGGCCAUGGAGAGCAGUCGGAGGACAGUCCUCAUCCUAUCCGAAAACUUCCUCAAAUCGGAGUGGUGCCGAUUCGAGUUCCGCUCGGCGCAUCGCGAAGUGCUCAGCGCGUGCCAGCACAGACUUCUUGUGAUAGAACUGGGCAAGGUGGACCCCCAGGAGCUGGAUCCGGAUAUCCGGAUCUGGAUGAAACAAAGUCCGGUCCUCAGGUGGGGCGAGAAACUGUUCUGGGACCGGCUAAAGUACGCCAUGCCGGACGUCCGGCACCGAAAAACGGAAAGGAACAGGAACGACGUCAGUGUAGCUGUACAUAUUUGAAAACUAGUGCUAUUUCUAUUGUGGAUAAAUUUCAUUUUUUCACACGAGGAAGAAAAGUUUUACAUACAGUGACGUGCACAUCUUGGGAAACGUUGUGUACAUAAAGUCUGGAUGAAUAGUCAAGAUGAAUAUAUAUGUUAUCCUAGUCUUUCAUUUGAUAUUUUUCCUAUUUUGAUGCUAAUAUAAAGCUUGAUAAAGUCUUUAAUUGUUGUUCGUUC